GAGCGCUAACCUGCCCCCCACCUUCACCGCGGACAUGAACCUGCAAGUCGUGAGCGAGGACACCCCCGUUGGCGCCGCCGUCUACACCCUCAAAGCAGGCGACCCCGAAGGAGGACCCAUCAAGUUCGGCCUCACGGGAUCCGACAGACUGAGGGUCGACCCGCAGUCGGGCGUCGUCAUCAUCACCAAGCCGCUGGACAGGGAGAGCAACGACACCCUGCGGCUCGUGGUGACGGCGGAGGACGAGGUUCCGGGCGCCAGCAACAACGUGGUCCGAGUGCCCAUCUCGCUGAUCGUCCUCGACACCAACGAUAAUCCUCCUGUGUUCCGCCAGACGCCUUACGAAGCCGUGGUGAAGGAAGACGCAGCCGUGGGAACCACUGUCCUGCCGGGGAUCAGACUCACAGACGAGGAUCAAGUAGGAGACAACAUCAAGGUGGAGUGCGAGCCGAUACAGAAGGGCGGAGAUGGCUGCGAGGUGUUCGCUGUGAUCAGCACCCAGAGCUCCACGAACCGUUACUCCGGAAGCCUCGUCCUCAACAAGCCCUUAAGAUACUCCUCACUCAACGUGUACCAACUCAAGCUUGUUGCCACGGACGGGGCCCAGCUGUCAACGGUGGGCGUGGUUGUUCGCGUCCAGGACGUGCAGAAUUCGCCCCCCGUGUUCUCUGGCUCCCUCACAGGCAUUGUCACUGAGGAUGACCCCAUCGGCACUCGGGUCAUGAUGCUGCAGGCUACUGACGGAGACACGGGAGCACCUCGCCCCAUCCAGUAUCAGCUGAUUACGAAUCCCCUGGACUUUUUCACGCUGGACGCCGAGUCGGGGGAGCUUCGAACAGCCAAGCCCCUGGACCGUGAGGCGCUGCAGUCCCCGGAUGGCGUGGUUAAGGUCAAGGUUAAGGCGGUGGAGACGCAGAAUGGUGUCCCUGUGGGCUCGGCGGACACAGAGACGGUAGCUGACGUCAUGAUCACCAUCCGAGACGUAAAUGACGAACCGCCGAUGUUCAACAGACGAGAGUACCGUGCUUCCGUGCCCGAGAAUGUGCCCGACGGAACACCACUGCCGAAUUUGGACAUGUUCGUGCAGGAUACCGAUGUGGGCUCCAACUCCGUGUUCAGUCUGCGCCUCGUGGAUUCCUCGGGCAUCUUCAGCGUGGAGCCCGAAGUGGCCUCUGGCUCGUCCUCCGUCAGUAUCAGGGUCGCUCGGGGCCCUCUCGACUUCGAGAACCCGAAUCAGCGGAAAUUCCUCCUGCAGAUUGUCGCUGAGGAGACGCUGACGAACCCACGCCUGUCGUCCACCGCCACCGUGGUCGUCUCCGUCACAGACACGAACGACAACCCCCCCAGGUUCGAUCAGGAGGCCUACACGGCGGUCGUCUCCGAGACAGCUUCUCCAGGCACCGUCGUGACUACCAUCGUCGCUUCGGACAGAGACACGGGCCAGUUCGGCGCGGACGGGAUCAAGUAUUCGCUCUUCGGAAACGGUGCUGAGAAAUUUGAGGUAGAUGCUACUUCAGGAGUGAUCACAGUGGCAUUCUGCGACACCCCAGGCCAGGGGAACUGCCUGGACUUCGAAGAGCGACCCACCUACUUCCUGUCAUUCCAGGCCACCGACGCAGGAGGAUCAGGACACACAACAGUGGUUCCCGUGCGAGUCUCUCUGGCCGACAGCAACGACAGUCCGCCCAAGUUCACUCGUCAGCAGUACCGUGCUGUCAUCGACGAGGGCGCUCCGGAUUUCGACCCGCCCCUUGUCGUGCAGGCCGAGGACCCCGACGCCACCUCCAACGUGGUCUACAGCCUCGUGGGCGGCGACCCCGACGGCCUCUUCACCAUCGACAGGACUUCGGGGCGCAUCCGCGUGGCCAACGAAUCCGGACUGGACAUUUCCAAUCUGCAGUCGGAUUUCAUCAUUCUCACGGUUGAGGCCAAUGACGGAGAAGGUUCCCACACUGCUAAUGUCCGGAUAUCAGUCAGAGAUGCCAAUAACAACAGGCCAAUCUUCAGCAAGAAUCCUUAUCAGGCAGCUGUGCAGGAAAAUGCAGCAAUUGGGAGUGUUGUAGAGCAGGUGUCGGCCAGCGAUGCAGACACAGGAGCCAAUGCAAUGCUAACUUACCGCAUCCAUCGAGGUGGCUACGAUGACUUUUCCAUUGAUGGUGCAACGGGCAUCAUAAGUGUUGCAAGGAAACUCGACUAUGACAAGCGAGAGAGCUAUGACAUUGAGAUUGUUGCAACGGAUGGAGGAAUACCACGUCUGACAUCUACAACCACCUUGACUGUGAGUGUCAUCAACAACAAUGACAAAAGCCCAUACUUCACCCCUACAACCCAGAGGACUCAGGUAUCCGAAGAUGUUCAGCCUGGAACGAUGUUUUACACUUUGUCAGCACAAGACCCAGAUGUUGUUGGGGAAGGAGCCCUUAUUUAUGGCGUUCAGUUGCCAGUCUCGGCAGUGGAUGGCGAUGGACGACCGGUGGAAGGGCCUUCAAGAGAUGCUUUGGCUGAAAUGUUUGUUGUGGAUCCUAAAACUGGAAUGGUCACAGUGGCAGGAAAGUUGGACCGAACCAUGGCCACAGAAGUCACAUUAACUGUCACCGUAACUGACACUUCUGCAAUACCACCACAGGUUGGUCAAGGUAAUUUGGUUAUUACUAUUGUGGAUGUGAAUGAUUUUCCGCCUGUGUUUCCUGCACCAUGGAGUCCAAACUCACCUACCAUUCAAGUCAAAGUCGCAGAGGAGCUGCCAAGAGGCUCUCUUCUGACCACCAUUACAGCAUCUGAUAUUGAUUCCAAUAUAGGAGGAUAUUCACUAGCAGAGCCAUCAGAGCACUUCAGCCUCGACAAUGCGACCGGUGUUAUAACAGUGAAAGCUCGACUGGAUUAUGAGACCCAGCCCCAGCUUAGCUUCACAGUUGUAGCUCAUGAUACAGGUGUUCCUACUUUAUCUGCAACAGCUACAGUGAUAGUACAGUUGGAAAAUAUAAAUGAUGAGGAACCAGUGUUCAGUGCCUCAGUUUAUGAUGCUGAUGUGGCUGAGAACUCUCCACCAGGAACAUCUGUCAUUACUGUUACUGCAAGAGAUGCAGAUGAAGGGGACUUUGGAGUUAUUACAUAUUCCCUUGCUGGUGAUCACCAUGAGCAUUUUGCGAUAGAUUCUUCAGGUCUAGUGACAGUGAGAAAUGGAGCAUUACUAGAUCGGGAAUCUCUGGCAGCUGUUGUGCUUAGAGUUGUAGCCACAGACUCAGCACCUGAGAACCACCGUCGACAGUCCUCUGUGCCAUUGCACAUCUCCAUAACGGAUGUGAAUGACCAUGCGCCAGCUUUCAGCCAGGAAUCUUACUCUGCCAGUGUGGUGGAGAAUUUGCCCCUCAACCCUCCAGCACCCAUUGUUCAGGUCACAGCCCAUGACAAUGAUCAAGGCAUCAAUGCCCUUAUUAGAUACACUAUCACACAAGGAAAUGAGGAAGGUUCUUUCACCCUUGACCCUGAUAUGGGCAUUCUCUAUCCUGCACAACCACUUGUUGCAAAGCCAAGCAACUAUAACCUCACAAUAGAAGCUAGAGACCUGAAUGGAACAGGUGAAUAUAGUGACUUUGCAAACGUGGAAAUCACAGUCUUACCCCAGAACCAAUACAAACCCAAGUUCAUUUCUCCGGCUUUACCAAACACAACAGUGUUGGUCAAGGAGAACUGGAGUUCAGAAGUGCAAGAGGUCCUAAUCGUUGAAGCAGAAGAUAAAGACACAGGAAGCAAUGGAGAAGUGCGUUACCACUUACGCAUUGGUGAAGAAAAUCUCCAAGACACGCCACAGUUCCAUCUUGACCCUGUUACAGGAGCACUGUCAACCAAAGUUGUUCUUGACAGAGAAGAACAAAAUAAAUAUGAGCUUGUUCUUGUGGCCAAAGAUCAGGGCUCUCCAAUAUCAUAUGAGACUCUCCGCUUCUUGACUGUUCUUUUGGAAGAUGUGAAUGACAACCGUCCAGUCUUCCAAAGAAGCAGUAUGCCACAAGCUUAUCACUUCAGUGUUGCUGAGAAUACAGCAAAGCACACCUCAAUUGGUCAACUUCGUGCAUACGAUCCAGAUGCUGGAAUCAAUGCCAAAAUCUAUUACUACUUAGUAUCUGGUAAUGCACAUGAGAGUUUCUACCUCGACAAAUUACAUGGUAACCUGUACACCAAUGCUGUCCUGGACCGAGAACAACUUGAUAAAUAUACGUUGGUUGUCAAAGCCACAAAUGACCCGAUAUUCACGUGGGAUCAGACUCAGGAGGUUGUCUACGAUGAAGAUGACCCAACCUUGGCAAUAGUAACUGUGAAUAUUGAAGAUGAAAAUGAUACCCCUCCUCGAUUCUUGAAGGAUGAAUAUUAUGCAGGGGUUAAUUAUGAAGCAGAAGUAGACCGAUUUGUACGGAUGGUGAGUGCUGUUGAUGGAGACGCUGGACUUAAUGGUACCCUGUCUUACUCCAUCAGAGCUUCCAAUCUCUUCAGACCAGGUGAUGUCAAAUCUAUUGGAUCCAUCAUUCCAUCACCUUUCAAUGUGACUCAAGAUGGCAAGUUGACAACAGCUUCACUCAUGUCACAGUACAGACGCCACAGAUUCCUCUUGCAGAUCCAGGCAAAAGAGGAAGCUCCUCCGCACCGUAUUGCCAAGUGCAACGUCAAUGUAUGGGUGUGGGAGAGAGAAGACCUUGUGAGGGUUGUUCUUGCUCAGCCCCCGGAAGAGGUGGUGCGUCAACAGGAGGCCAUUGCCAGUACUCUGUCUGAGGUCUGUGAAGGAACAGCUGUAGUUGAUGAAAUAAGGUAUCAUGUGGACUCCGACAACACAGUGAACAGACAGAGGACAGACAUGUUAGUUCAUGUUAUAAAUCAGACAGACCAAGUGAUGCCCAUCCCAGUGGUCUUGCAACGUCUGGAUCUCGGUUAUUCAACUUUGAGAAACAGCUCAGAAACUUUCUUUAUUGAAAAUGUAUUUCCUGCAACAGUGGAGGCCCAGAGGGACGAGGUGGAUGCACGUCUUGCAGGUCUUAUUGCACUUAUGAUCGUUCUCUUCAUUGGCUUCAUCUCCUUCAUUGUUGUUUGUUGUUGCCUUAGAUACUGGGUAAUGACUCCAUCGAGCAGAUCAACAGAGCAUUUGAUCAAACGUAAUAUUGAUGAAGAUUUGGGUCUAAACACUACAGAAAAUCCACUGUGGGUUGACCAGAAAUUGAAAAUGUAUGAAGAACAGGAACUGACAAUGCAAGUAAUGAGUGAGUUUGACACAACCCAAGUGAACGGUGCUCCUCCUCCAGGCCAGGGUCCAAGCGUCACGGUCGAUGCGGAAUGGACUCCUGACCGAAGAUCGAGUAUAGACUUAUCACAGUUGGAUGCACAGAGUAACACAUAUGCUACGAUCCAAAAGUCCCACGGAGGUACACUGCGAUCAUUGCAACUGCGAGGACUGCAACAGGGGACACUAACUCUUGGAGAAGAUCCUGGGGAGAGCAAUGAUUAUGCAACCCUUGAUCAUCUAAGACGUCCUUCCUCUGCCCAGGGUCCUCGAGUCCCCGGUGUGGAAACUCCUAGAUCACCUCUGCAUCAGAAUGGUGAGUACCACGAACUACGAACAUCCUUCACUGGGUCGACCUUCCAGCCUCCGGACAUAGCCAAUCGCCCUCUGCCGGAAGAACCAAAUGGCUCAGUGCAUAAUGCAACCCACAGCCUUGCCCUGAAUGCCCAAGGAGAACCAGUCCUUAUUGCUGAACUCAUUUAAUACUUAUUGAUGCAGGUUAUCUUCUCUGUGCAAUGGAAAUUUACAAGAAAGUUAUUUUUUGUAUUAGAUAAAAGAAACAUCUAUAUGUAAAGAUAUGCAUGAAUGUAUAUA